AUGAACGCGAUCGUCGGACAGGAGCUUGAAAGAGCCGAAGGGGAAGUGAUUCCACAGGGUGAAGACGGUGAUCUUUCAAUUCCCGUUGAGCAUACCACUGCAGCCCACAAGUUGCUUUCGUGGCCGUCUAUCAAGGCUCUUCUCGAACCGAGAGAGUACGAUGAAGAUUAUGUUAUGAAGCUGGAAGAGGAGCGAGGAUUGAUUCUCGUUUACAGCCGCGGUGAAGGACACGAUACUAGUGAAAGCCCAGCAAUGACAUUCUCAUCAUCAUCGUCCCGGUCCAACUGGGAUCAAAGUUACAGCAAUGGUGCUCCUGCUAGCGGCCAGUGGAACCCAGGCGCUGUCCAAAAUGGCACUCAUCUCAAACCACUCGGACCCAGUAUUGAUGAUUUCGGGAUAUUCAGCACUGAUGCCAAAACCGUUCGUCGUUAUCAUCAAAGCUACCUGAACCACAUGCAUAAGCUUCAUCCAUUUAUCAACCUGACCGAAUUGAGCGCAAGCAUCGAAUCAUUCAUUCAGAAAUACUGCUCACCUGACGUUUCUGUUCCGGUAAACAUCCUGAACAGCCAUACGCCCGGCGACAUUCCACGCGGUGCGAAAAGGAAGCGUUCUUGCGAUACGCUACAUGGUGGCGGAUGCGACAUCCAGUUUUCUCCUGGUGCCAAACACGAAGGCUCUAGCGGACGUCGCGUGGAGAAGUCACUGGAAAAUGCUAUUGUUCUCUUGGUUCUUGCACUUGGCAGUAUUUGUGAAGUUCCGGGAGCCAUCCCUGGUCCAGUUACUGACACGCCCGUGGACUUUCAAAAGGAGCGGAUUCCUGGACCCUCUACACGCAGCAUGCUAUCAUCGGCAGAUACAGAACUAGUUAUGCAGUCCCAGGGAAGUUUCUUCUCGCAGACAAGUAACCAUUCAUUUUCAUCUGCUACCGGGGGGCAGAAGGCUGCUUCCGAUCGGUCGCCAUACCCGGAUAAUAGUCACUUAAGGAACGUGGAUGUCAUUCCUGGCUUGGCAUAUUAUGCGUACGCCGCACAGAUCUUGGGGAGUUUGCAAGGCGCGAACGGGCUGUACCAUGUUCAAGCAGCCUUACUAGCAGGACUUUAUGCGGGACAAUUAGCACAUCCUUUCCAGAGCCAUGGAUGGAUCUACCAGGCGGCCAGAGCAUGCCAAGUGCUUGUCCGAUCGAAACGGUAUGAACAAAUGAAUGACGGCCCGCUGAAAGACCUAUAUAACUUUGCGUACUGGACCUGCCUGCAGCUCGAGAGCGACAUCCUUGCCGAACUAGAUCUUCCGGCUAGUGGUAUAUCUCGCGCGGAAGCACGGAUUGAGUUGCCAAAGGGCCGAACUCUCUCUCUACCUAACGACCCUGCUGCUCCGAACACCAUGAUGAUGUUUUUCUACUCUGCCCAGAUCCAUUUGAGAAAGGUUCUGAACCGUGUUCACACCGAUCUAUACAAAGUCGAAAAACAGAAUGAGAACAGGUGGUCUGCUAACGUACAGGAGAUUCUGAGCAUGAACCUUGAACUGUGGAGAAGCAGCUUACCUGACAUAAUGAGAUGGAAGGACACGGACCCUCCACAUGAGGAUAUUAAUGUGGCUCGGAUGCGAGCUAAGUACUACGGUGCACGAUACAUUAUCCAUCGUCCACUCCUUUACUGGGCUCUGCAUCAUUCACAUCCCACCGAAAACGGUCGAUCGGCAUCAGUGGAUUCCCCUACAGGAUCGGCGAUGUCGGGAGCCAAGUCGCAGCAGGUUUCGCCCUCAAUGGCGCACAGCCAACGUGCUAUCAAUAUGGCACGAUUGUCUAGUGAUGUUGGCCCUAUGGGUCGAUCGGCACCGACGCCAACCCCCGCUCCGACAGGAUCGCGACCAGCACUCGCAUAUCGCGACCUCAAUCCGAAGUUACGAAGAGCGUGCAAAGUAUGCAUAGACUCCGCCAUAUUGAGUACCGAGGCCUUUGAUGGCAUCACAGGCCGGCCGGUAGUAACUAAUAUCUUCGGCACAGCUCAUGCUCAAUUCGGUAACAUGCUGGUAUUGUCGGCCACGUAUAUGUCAAGUCUCUCAGAGCUGGUUGAUCGGAACGACCUCGAUCGGUUAUUUAAGCGAACCAUACGCUUUCUCCUCCAAAGCCGCGAGAUAUCGCCAACCCUACGAGCCGAUGCAAAGAUUCUCAGCGAGAUAUACGAGAAGAUCUUUGGGGAGCCAGCUGAUAUCGUGGCUCCGUUAUAA